AUGACGGAACCGCUCUCCAAGGUCGACUCAGCUGUGGGAGGUCUCUCUCAAUCACCGCCAAAGGAGUCCAAGACUCGCCGGCAAUCGUCCGCCGCUGCACCUGGUGUGUACAACAUCAAGGACCUUGAAGAACAAAAGAUUGAGCUUGAGCUCGCACCGGAAACACAACGGACAGGAUGGAAGAUCAACACUUCAUCAUCGCAAGUCGAGGACAAGGAAAUCCUCAAGCUCCACCUGUCAAAGCCUCCAGUCAAGAAGAUUGACCUGCAUUUCCCUCUCGGCAUGGAGGUAACAGCACGCAACCUCAAGGGAGUAACAAUAAAGGAUGCCUUGGACGCCAUCCACAAGGCAUACAAGAAGAGAUCCGAUGAUGAGCUCGACAACCCGUAUCUGGCAGGCUUUGAAUGGGACAAGGAAGAGUCCUGGACACGUCUGGUGGUCCACCUCCAGAAGAAUCCCGCAGUAGAAAAGCUCGGUGGUGGCGGUGGCGGCAAGAAGAAGAAGAACAAGAAGCAAGAGGGUGAGGAGUAA